AUGGCCUGGGAUACCUGGGAGAAAUUUGUAGCUAAUUAUGAAAUAUUUUGCAACAAUCUACUUUUUGAACUAGAGCAACAUAAAGAGGAAAUUUCUUUGAAAAAAUUUUAUCGUGAGGCAAUUGGCAAAGGCUCUGUUUUGAACAUCCAGACGAGGCUUGAAAAGCUUGAACUAUGUGAAGCAAAAAACCAGUUUCCAAAAACUGGUCUUCCAAUAAAUCGCUUAAAUAACAGAGUUAUGAAUCUGGAUGGCUUAGUUAUUAUAAAUGGCUACUCAGCACCAUUUGGUGAUAUUAUUUUAUUACGCAAAAAAAUUACUGAAAAUAGAAAUCUUCUUAUAGUAUUCCAGCAGAAAUGGUAUAUUACCUUAAAAGAGCUUACUAUAGAUGAUAUAAAAACUGAAUGCAAUAAAAACAAAAAUGCUAUUAAUGAAAUGAAAGAUAGUGAUUUAAAGAAAUUUCUUGAGGAGUCUCAUAUUAUGACUGUCAUUUUCACAUCGCAACUAUUCAAAGGGAAUCCCAAAAAUCUACUAGAUGAUUACCUGAUUAUUUCAAUAGAGAACUUCAAUCAUACAACUAAAGUUAUUGAAAAGAAUCCAACUUAUAGAAGCUACCUUGAGAAAGUUAGAACACAGCUAGAAGAUUGCUCAUACGCUUCAUACUCAUUUCUAGAUAAUGAGAAUGAUUCAAUAAUAUUAAAUGAAUAUGAUUCAUACUUAAAUGAUAAUGAUAUAGAAAUGGAUGUUGACUUGUAA